AUGGCGACCACAAUAUUGGGCAUUGAUAUGAGCAGGGCAUUUGAUACAAUCCGCAGAGACAAGCUAAUGGAGAUCCUCAAAACCAUUCUUGACAAUGACUCGAUCAGAAUGGUUCGAGCACUACUUAUAGACACCGAGUUAACGGUGAAGAUCGGACCCGUAGAAUCAAGAUCUUUCAAAACAAGCAUUGGAACGCCCCAAGGUGAUUCAAUAUCACCUGUACUAUUCAUUGUCUAUCUUGAAGCGGCACUAAGAGAUCUGAGAAAACUAGUGAAGACUACUUCAAUAACUGAAGUGAUAUAUGCCGACGAUGUAGACUUUUUGUCUCAUGAUAAGUCGACACUCGAAGAACUGCUGAACAUUGCUCCUCAUGCACUGGAAAAAUGGUUCUUAAAAGUGAACAUAGAAAAAACCGAAUAUGUAACAAUCAACCGGGAGGCAAAUAGAACAGACGAAAAAUGGCGAAACUCAAAAAAGUUGGAACUCUUUUAG